UCAAAACCAAAAAUUUUAAACGAAUCAACAAACAUAAUCCAUGAGCAAGUUACCACCAAUACAAAAAAUAAAGUUACAGCAAGUCAAAUAAAAGAAAUCACGACCUAUUUAAAAACAAAAAAAAACCUUUCUUAUCGUGGUUUUUUGGUUUUUUGUCGAAAGAUGAUUGUAGAUUCAGUUUUUUCUGAUAAUUGGCGUGAACUCGACCGGCAUUGGUGUAGUACAUUUAUCAAAUAUGCUAGAAAAGUGUUGAAUAAGGAAACUUUAAAAAAUUUAAAAACAAAGAAUGGAGUUUUCUGGUCCACGGCUAGGGAAAUUACUGGAUUUUUGACACUGGUAACCACUCGAGUGCUUCUUGAUCCCGGUGCCCCAACUUUACUAUUAGAAAGGUCUAAUGAUUCCAAAAGAGGAGUGAAUUCAGAACGUGUUAACGAUGGUACCGCUACCACAAAGUCAUCCACAGCUCGAACGCCACUUCCGGUAAAAUUAUGGUGUUCUUUUAUUAAUGAAGUUAACUCCUAUGAAGUUAACGAUGAUGAUGAAAUAUAUCCAUGUCCUACAUUUAAAAAAUACAACAAUCCAUAUGAUAUAUCAAAUGAGGAGGACGUAAGAGGCGCUUUAAAAAAUAAUGUAUUUGAUAACCUACACUUAAUAACUACAUCAAAAAGGCCUAUUGAAGUUUUCAAAAGAAUUUCAAUUGAAGAUGAAGUAAAAGGAGAACCGGAUUUCAUUUACAAACGUAUCGGAAAACUUUUGUUACCUAUUGAAGUAAAAACCCAGUGGGUUUUGUUUAUUCAAAAUGAACUAUUACAUGAAAGAUACAAUCGGGAUUUAGAAAAAAAAACCGAUGAUUUUGUUCCUCAAGAUAAUACAAUUUCGGUUGUAAAUUUUAUUCAUCAAAUUUUUGGCUACCUAGUUGCUAAUAAAUUACAAUUCGGAAUUCUUACUACCUACAAUCAACAUUG